GCUGCCUUGCUGGGCAAGUCGUGGCCCACGCUGGCCCCCGUGGCCUGGAGCAGUGCCCUCUCAGGGCACCACAGUCUGAACAUCCUAGAGGAUGGGCUGCAGAGGGCGAGGGCUGCUCUGUGUCCAGCAGAGGGCCCUGGCCAGCCCAGGCCUGCAGGCGGGAGGGAGGGCUGGCCAUGCCAGACGCCUGAUGGGAGGCGGACCCAGCCAGCCGCUGCCUCUUCACUUUGCCCAGCACUUGGGUCCCCUGCCCUCACCUGCUCUCCCUGGGCAGCCGCAUCCUGUGUGUCGGGCCAUGCGGCGGCUGUGGCCCCUGGCACUCGCUCUCGCUGCCCUGUGGGCUGUGGGGCUGGGCGGGGUCUCUGGGGGUGCCCCGGGUGGGCACAGAGCUGAGCCCCAGGACCAGCAGAGCCGGGCCAGGAGAGGCACUGAGGCCAAGGCGGCCAAGGAGGUGCAGCACUAUGUGCCCGAGGAGUGGGCUGAGUAUCCCCGGCCCAUCCGCCCUGCCGGCCUACAGCCCACGGAGCCCUUGGUGGCCAGCAGUCCCCACCCUGACGAGGAUGGGGACACCCCCGGCAGUGGGCAGGAGCCGAGGGGCAAUCUGACGGGGACGCCGAGCCAGAGGCUGCAGAUCCAGAACCCCCUGUACCCGGGGACCGAGAGCUCCUACAGCGCCUAUGCCAUCAUGCUGCUGGCCCUGGUGGUGUUCGCCGUGGGCAUUGUGGGCAACCUGUCAGUCAUGUGCAUCGUGUGGCACAGCUACUACCUGAAGAGCGCCUGGAACGCCAUCCUUGCCAGCCUGGCCCUCUGGGACUUCCUGGUCCUGUUCUUCUGCCUCCCUAUUGUCAUCUUCAAUGAGAUCACCAAGCAGCGGCUCCUGGGUGACAUUUCCUGCCGGGCCGUGCCCUUCAUGGAGGUCUCCUCUCUGGGCGUCACGACCUUCAGCCUCUGUGCCCUGGGCAUUGACCGCUUCCACGUGGCCACCAGCACCCUCCCCAAGGUGAGGCCCGUUGAGCGGUGCCAGUCGAUCCUGGCCAAGCUGGCUGUCAUCUGGGUGGGCUCCAUGACUCUGGCAGUGCCGGAGCUUCUGCUGUGGCAGCUGGCGCAGGAGCCGGGCCCCGCCGCGGGCACCGUGGACUCGUGUGUCAUGAAGCCGUCAGCCAGCCUGCCCGAGUCCCUGUACUCCCUGGUGAUGACCUACCAGAACGCCCGCAUGUGGUGGUACUUUGGCUGCUACUUCUGCCUGCCGAUCCUGUUCACCGUCACCUGCCAGCUGGUGACAUGGCGAGUGCGGGGCCCGCCGGGCCGGAAGCCGGAGUGCCGCGCCGGCAAGCAUGCGCAGUGCGAGAGCCAGCUCAGCAGCACGGUGGUGGGCCUGACCGUCGUCUACGCCCUCUGCACCCUCCCGGAGAACGUCUGCAACGUGGUGGUGGCCUACCUGUCCCCCGAGCUCACGCGCCAGACGCUGGACCUGCUGGGCCUCGUCAAGCAGUUCUCCACCUUCUUCAAGGGCGCCAUCACGCCGGUGCUGCUGCUGUGCGUGUGCCGGCCGCUCGGCCAGGCCUUCCUGGACUGUUGCUGCUGCUGCUGCGAAGACUGCGGAGUGGCUUCCGAGGCCUCGGCCCACGGCUCGGACAAGAAGCUCAAGGCCGAGGUGCCCUCCUCCAGCUACUUCCCCAAGCCCGGGGAGUCGCCCCCACUCCUGCCCCUGGGCACGCCUUGCUGAAGCCAGGCCCCGGGAGGGGACGGGGCCGCCACCCGGGCCCAGUAGGGCCUGCUGUUUCUUUCCCCAUAGGUCUCGCUUGGCUGCCCAUCCUGCCGCCUAGCGAGGGACUCGGCGGGUUUGGGCUUGCGGAGACCCCUCCCCAAGCAGGGCCUCUCCUGUCAUUCGGAGGGACCUUCUAGCAGGUAGGCCGCGACCCUGCUGAGUCCUUAGGGCCGCCCGAAUCUCAGUCCACCAGUGAACCUGCCCCAGCCUCCCGCUGCACCUUGAUCCUGACCGUUCAUUGGAGGUCAUCGCCUCGCCCCGGCCCGGUCCCCUUCCCAGAAUGGGGCCUCCCCGGUGCGCAGGCUCAGAACGCUCUUCUUUGGACUGGAUCUGCCCCUUCUUCCGGGGAUUUCUCCUCCCUCCACCUCUCUCGGAGGUACCCAGGUUGUCUUGUCCAAGGCCCCCGGUUAAGUGCUCUCCUAUAGAAGGCCCUUCCUGAACCUAAAUAAACUAGGUAGAACUCCCCUGUC